AUGGCUCAGACUGUUUGUAUACCCGAUGGUCUCAAGUUCGCCUUCGGUGGCGCGGCUGGAAUGAUGGCUACCAUGGUUGUUCAGCCUCUAGAUCUGAUUAAGAACAGAAUGCAAAUGCUGGAUCAUUGCGACCGUCGAAUAACGAGUCCUCAGAUGGUGCGUAAGAUUCUGGCCAACGAAGGCCUGUUUGCGCUUUACAAUGGGCUUUCUGCAGGGCUGUUUCGUCAGGCGACGUAUACCACUGCUCGACUUGGUGCUUACAACUUUCUCAUGGAAUAUUUUUCACAACCUGGCUAUUCGUCUUUCUCAUCUAAAAUUUUGAUGGGCAUAACCGCCGGUGCCAUUGGAGCCGUGAUCGGUACACCUGCGGAAGUUUGUCUCAUUCGCAUGACAUCAGAUGGUCGGUUGCCGUUGAACCAACGUAGGAACUACAAAAGCGUGUUUAACGCACUCUACCGAAUUACGAGCGAAGAAGGUUUGCUGUCUUUGUGGAGGGGUUGUAGAGCAACCGUAUUCAGGGCGAUGGUAUUGAAUGCGGGUCAGUUAGCGACAUAUUCGCAAGCCAAACAGUAUCUUCUAAGUCAGCUUCGCUUCAAAGACGACGUAGCGUGCCACUUUCUUUCGAGCAUGAUCAGUGCAUUUGCCGCAACCGUGAUCAGUAUGCCUGUGGAUAUCGGGAAAACCAGGAUUCAAAAUAUGAAGAUGGUCGACGGGAUUCCCGAAUACAAGAGCAUGAUCGACGUCUGGAAGAAAGUGGUCCGGUCUGACGGAGUGCUUGCAUUAUGGAAAGGAUUCACACCGUAUUUCAUGAGACUCGGCCCUCAUACCGUUCUCACGUUUGUGUUUCUGGAACAAAUGAACGGAUAUUAUAGGCACUGGCAGCGCGGCACGGUUCUUAUUGUGUCCUAA